GGCCGGUUUUGGGAUCUGAAACUGCCCCGUGUGAGCCGCGACGCGACUCCCCCUUGGGCUGGGGCAAAUGGUGCGCUAUUUCUAGGCGCGCCUCAGUGUUCCUUCCCUCAGCCUGCGCCUCCUUGAGUCGCUGCGGUGCGCCGCAGCUCCCUGACGCCCUCGGUCCGGCCGGCACGGCGCCGGGGGUGUUCACAGCCUGGCACCGCCGUUUCCGACCCCUGGGCAUUGCCAAGCCCGGCUUCCCCGCCCUCUGAGACUCGGGAAGCCCCGUGCGUGUCCCGGGAGUUUGCCUCUGGCCUGGCCUCUUUCCUCCUUCUGCCACUACUCUCCUCGAGCGCUGGAACGGGCGGCUCUGGGCUUGGUCAGGAGCCACCGUUUGGGUCGGGGGGCGCCCUCACUCUGGGCGACUCGCCCACCUCCCAGCUCGGUGCCCACGGUGCCAGCUUUGCCGUGUAUCUCUCAGCCCGCCGCAGCGGCCUAUGCUCGACGUAGAUUUUUCCUUUCUCUUUGGAGCUGUGACGGACUGGAUUCCCUCCCCUUCUGCCUCUCCCUCGAUGGUCAGCGAGGGGCUGGCUCAGGACUGGGCAUUUCUGCUCCCUCUUCUUGGCGAGGCGGUUCCUCGCCGUCUGACCUUUGCUCCGCUGCCGCAUUUUAUGCUGUGCAACUGCCUUGCAGUUGCCGUUUUCUUGCCUGGCCUCCGUAGGGCCUGAGGCUCCUCGGCCACCCUGUACCUCCCUAUUCCCGGGCACCAAGUUGUGCCAGGCCCCGGGGACCCCAGGCCGUGCUAGGGCUGUGGUGGGGGCUGAAGGUGCGUUUACAUAACGCCAGGUGUGUGGGAGCUGGAGGAAUAGGUUGCGAACGUAGGAGAGAUAAGGCUCCUACGUUCCCUCCUUUCUUCUUGGUGGUACCAAGCUUGACAUCACAAAGAAGAGAGAAGGAUAGAGACGGUACGUGCUGAAAAAUUCUGAAUCUCCAAGACCCCGGGGACAGUGAGCAGGGUGAGGGCGGGUUUGGCUGGCCAGGGCAGCUGGAGCUUGGCUCCAUCACUGGGGCCAAGGCUGUGCCCAGUUCCCCUUCCAUGCAGAUGAUCAAAAAGCAUUUAGACACCAGCUGCUCUUGUGCAAGAAGGUUUCUCAAUUCUCCUUGAUUGGGGGCAGGGGGUUGUGGGCAGAAGAGGCAAGAGAGACGGAAAAUGGCUGCAUGGCUUGUAGGGCUAAGGGAUGGACAAGAGAGGCGAAAUGGGCUGGAGGGACUAGGUGGUAGGCAGAGGGGCGAGCUGCUGACUGCCUCUUUCACCAGCUGCUGGAGGGGCAUCCAUAUUGCUAGGCCUCGGUGAGGGCAGGAGGCCGCCUUCUGGUGCAGCAAGGCUCCGGGUACCCCCCAGCUUGGUUAGUGCUGGAAAGAAGAGUGUACAGUGGGGUGCCCAAACCUAGUGGCAGCCCCUUCUUUCCUGCCUCCUAAUCAGUGGCAUGAUUCUCUCCAAUUUUGAGAGAGGCCAGACACUCUAGAGGCCAGAGAACUUGCGGAGGGGUGGGAGCAAGCACUUGUCUGUCUCUGUAGCUGACCAUAGCACUAACGUCUCUGACAAGCCUCUCGGGAUUCAAAGCUGGAAGGGCCCCUAGAAGCCUGUUUCUCCGUACAGUCCAGGACCUCCAGCCCCAUGGAGCCCCCGAUCCCACAGAGCGCCCCCUUGACUCCCAGCUCAGUCAUGGUCCAGCCCCUUCUUGACAGCCGGAUGUCCCACAGCCGGCUCCAGCACCCACUCACCAUCCUACCCAUUGACCAGAUGAAGACCAGCCACGUGGAGAACGACUACAUAGACAACCCUGGCCUGGCUCCCACCACUGGCCCAAAGCGAACCCGGGGCGGGGCCCCAGAGUUGGCCCCGACGCCCGCCCGCUGUGACCAGGACAUCACCCACCACUGGAUCUCCUUCAGCGGGCGCCCCAGCUCUGUGAGCAGCAGCAGCAGCACAUCCUCUGACCAGCGGCUCUUAGACCACAUGGCACCACCACCCGUGGCCGACCAGGCCUCGCCAAGAGCUGUGCGCAUCCAGCCCAAGGUGGUCCACUGCAAGCCGCUGGACAUCAAGGGCCCGGCGGUCCCACCCGAGCUGGACAAGCACUUCUUGCUGUGCGAGGCCUGUGGGAAGUGUAAGUGCAAGGAGUGUGCAUCGCCCCGGACGUUGCCCUCCUGCUGGGUCUGCAACCAGGAGUGCCUGUGCUCAGCCCAGACCCUGGUCAACUACGGCACGUGCAUGUGUCUGGUGCAGGGCAUCUUCUACCACUGCACGAACGAGGACGAUGAGGGCUCCUGUGCUGACCACCCGUGCUCCUGCUCCCGCUCCAACUGCUGCGCCCGCUGGUCCUUCAUGGGUGCUCUCUCCGUGGUGCUGCCCUGCCUGCUCUGCUACCUGCCUGCCACCGGCUGCGUGAAGCUGGCCCAGCGCGGCUACGAUCGUCUGCGCCGCCCUGGUUGCCGCUGCAAGCACACGAACAGCGUCAUCUGCAAAGCAGCCAGCGGGGAUGCCAAGACCAGCAGGCCCGACAAGCCUUUCUGACGGUUUAUGUCGAAGCCCCAGUGCUCCGCCUGGAAAUCUGGUUCCCUUCUGACAUCUGGGAAGACUGCAGCAAGCUCAGAAGUUUUAGCCUCCUGAGGCUGACCUUGCUAGUCUACCCACUCCCCACCCCCAGCUUCAGAAGAUGCAGAGACCACCAUCUACCCUGUCUUCCCCAAGACGAUGAAGAAGCACUUUGGGGCUUUUUUUCAGGGUCCUGGAACUUUGUGUCAAACAGACAGUGCAGGGGGCAGGGUGUGGUUUGCGAGGGGUGGGGGGGAUUUUUCUUUUUCAGAAGACGGAACACAGAUGUGGACACAUAUCCGGAAGCUGCAGCUGCUUGAAUGCCUUCCCAGCCCCUCCUUCUCCAUCCCCUCCUCCCUCCCUCUCUCUCUCCCUCUUCCUCUUUUCCAUUGUCUUUGGCUCUCACAGGAGCUGGCUGCUUGGGAGGAAUUGUUAACUGAGUACUAGGGUACCUUUAAAGAAGACCCUUGGAGUCUUCUAUACCUUCUUCUCCUUCCCCACCUCACUGUACCCCACUCUGUCCCUGAUGUCUUGGGGAAGGUAUAGAACACCCUAGCAGUUCCUAUUGUAUAUACUUGGGAGCCCACUGAGAACAGAGGACGGCCAGUGAGUCCAAGCCUCGUUCUUCUGCCUCCUGGGAGCCACAGGACGGAUUUAGGAGCCACUUCUCAGUGCACUUCUCCCUUCCAACGCAUCAACUAACUCUUGGGGGUGUUCGCUCACCACACCGUCCUUCGGUUCUCACUGAGUCACAGACUCGCCUGCCCACUACGUGUCGUGGGUUCUCUCUACUCAGAUCCCUUCCAGAAACUUUAUAUGGGUAGACGAAGCCAGGGCGGCAAAUGCGAGACCAAAUAUCAUUUUGCCAAUGAGUCUGAGGCUGUGGUCUCUGGAUCCAGUCAUUAUGUUUUUAUAGAAUAAUUAAACCAGAUGCUAACGGUGUUUUAAAAAAUAAUAAUAAAACAACUUGCUUCCUUUUGGGCCACCCCCAGGAAGGGCUGAUUUCAAAAUCUGGGGGUGAGCAACCUCAAGGAACACAAUUUCCCUCCCCACCAAGAAGAGGAUUUUAACAGCAAAGAAGAGAGGCAGCACCUCCCAUUGGCAGAAUGGCCGCUGAGCCAGGCUGGGUUUGGGUUUCUUCUCUUCUGAUUCUGCUGCUCACUGUCAUAGCCUUUUGUGUAUAGUGAUGUGUCUGUAUCUUUCCUGUAAAUAGAGAGAUGAUGAAAAAAGAGUCUAUUUUAGUGUUAGGAAGCCCCAGCAGGGGAAUCGGAAGAGCUUGGAGGAGCUCGAGAGAGGGUAGGGGAAAGGUUUUUCCUGGGGCCACUGGGUUUGAGCCCUGCUUUUGUGCACAGCCACACCGCCCUCUCCCGACAGCCCUCAAAGACUGUAGCAACUCUUUCUCUCAAGGUGCUAAAGGACUCAGAAGGUGCAGCACGUCCAGUGGGUAGGUACUUGUUGCAUGCAAAAGCUGUAGUGUAUCUGGUCCUUCCUCCCCAGCUGUUGUGUGGGGUUUUUGCUUUGUGUGGUAUUUCAUUUUUCCCUCUAAUGAGAGGGCAUGGCCCAAGUCAGAAGAGCUACCACCCCAGGUGAAACUGGAAGCGCACGAGGCAAAGCGUCCGUAGCAUCUCCAGUUCGUUCUGUAGGAACAGAGGUACCUCCAGGAAGGAGGCCGCGAGGUAGGUAGCUGUGAUAGGCAUGCACCUAAUGCUUCUCAAGGACUUUUUUUUUUUCCUUCUUGAAGACUAGUAGUAACAUCUUAUGAUUUAGAGUAAGUUAAUUGUAACCUUAGGUAUUUAUUGAUUGGAGGAAGGGAGGGUCAUAUUAUUUGGCUUUAUUUAUGUAGCAUUUGCUAGCUUGUACAAGGCGAAUGUGAAAUAUUGCAUCUGCGGUUUCCAGGGCUGAUUCAUGUAGCUACCUUGCCACACGUUGUGACGGAUGUCUGGAUGUUCUUGAACAUUUCAGAGGGAGUGGUAGAAGAAAAAACACACUUUCAGCCAACCACUUAAUAUGAAUUGAAUGUAUCAGAAGUGUACUGAAGGGACUGGAGAUGUUUCCCUCAGAUGAGGUGGCCCCAAAAUCGAUAGUACACAUGUGCACACUUUCUGUGAGGCCUCAGAACUUUCCCAAGGGCCCCUCCCUCAAAUUCUCUCCAUGGGAAACUUGAUCCAGUGGCAAGUUGCACUUUGGUGAUCUUGAUGGUCUACACACCCAUUCUGUGGAGAGUCGAUUUACAUAAGCUGUGUACACACACACACACACACACACACGCCCCACACUGUCUACCGACAGAGACCCUAUUUCCUGGCAAACGGCCUCCUGAACCCUGACUUUUUGUGUACAUACUUGUAAACACGGAUUUUUCUGGGUUUGGGUUUGCUUUUUCCUUUCUCCCCCUGCCCCUGUUCUAGCUUGUUCUUCUUGGUUUGCUUUCAGCCUGCUUGAUGGAUGUCUGCAGAGCGCUCUCAGAGUCCACCUCGGUGCCCUGUGUGCUCUGUGGUCAUGGGAAGGAGCAAAGGAACCAUCCUUGGUUCUCCCAGCAUGGUUGUGUAGCAGUCACUCAGUAUUGUUUUUCUCAGCUUCUUGGCAAAAAUUUAAACACACACACACACACACACACAGAAGAAUAAAGCUGGCUUGCCUGUGGACCCUCCCCAGCUCGGGCCAGUCGAGGGCCACUGAGGGACCCAGCACUCAGAAACACAACACACGUGUGUAGCUUCUUCUGGCUGAGUGUAUUUCCUGUCACCAAUGGCCUGUUUGGCUGGACGAUGUCUCGGUUUGACCUUUAUUGAAAAGUGCUGGCUGGUUCUCACUCCUGUUAAACCCGGGGUGGGUGGGGGUUAUGCCUUAACUCGAGGGGCAGCUAGGAUCCAGGACCCUUCUCCUAGGGGGCCUUGGCUGCCCGUGUCUAUGAAGGACAGCGCUCCAGCGAGCACCCUGGGAACUUUGCUUGGAUAGCAAAGCCCCCCAGAUAAAAAGAUGGGUACAGCUAAGGCUUUCCCGAGCAGGAAGGAGGUGAAGACCAAUCCCUUCCUUUGGUACGCACCCCCUCACCGCUGAGAUGGAAGACCUUGUAGGACAUGGCUGGUGCUUUCAGCCCCGUGGAAUCUGUCAUUCACCAUCAUACCUCCAGUGAGGCCCGGCUAGAUAAUGAUUUGUCCGAGAUGGCACACGUGGAAAGUGAUCUGCACCAGAACCCGGAUGACUGUCACCUUGAAUCGUCCUGUUCUCCUUCCCUGCUGUCCCAGGAAGUGUCUGGCAGGCUUGUGCAGCGCAGCUCUACACUGUACAAUUCACUGGGGCAUCCCGUGAGCCUCACCAGCCUUCUGGUUCAUGCCUUUGACAAGCAUUUUCAUGCCCUCUCUGCUUACUGUGACAGUCGAUAACGAAUCUUGCGUUGCCAUUUUCUGCUGUGGGUAACUGCGUGCGGCGUCUUGCCUUCUUUCUCUUCUCACUGUCCCACAGCUUGGUUUCAUGUUACAAACAGAAAAGCUGUUCGAGGCUCCCACCCCACCACAUCCCGACUUCAUUUCCCUCUUCACCAUAGCCCACCUUCGCCCCACCACAAAGUUACCACAGAAGGUUUUCUUUGUAUAGAAUAUUUAUUUUGAAGCUCUAUUUUAAUAGUAUUUAUUUUAGAAAGUCUACUAUUGUAAGAGUUCUUCUGUUUGUGAAGAAAAAAAGUUAAAAACUGAAUGUACUGAUUUAGAAAAUAUAUAUAAAUAUAUAUUGUUAAAUAUACACGGGA